AUGAAGCAACUCUCUUCGCAUUAUGAGCCCAAAUUAUCCGUCUCGGAUAUGAUAUGCAAGGGAAUUCCGGAUGCAGAAAUUUUGGCCAUUUGGCUAGAUCGUCUGGGACAUCCGGAGUACCUGGCAGCAUUCCUGACCCAGGGUUAUGAUUUGUCUACCGUCGCGCGGAUUACGCCCGAAGAUUUGAUUGCUUUGGGAAUAACUCAACCAACUCAUCGAAAAUUACUGAUUUCGGAAAUUCAUAGGUGGCAUAUAACGGAUGCGUGGCCAACUGUGGUAUCCUCUGGAGAACUCAGAUUUAGUCGUACUUCUCUCUUUCUCGACACCCAGUUCGUUGUCCAUUUUGCACUUUUCAACGAAUUUGCUGAGGUGCAAAAUUUGACAUGGGAAGAUUUUGAAGAUAUUGGUAUCAAAAAACUUGGGCACUUGAAACGUCUUGGUCUUGCAAUCAAAAAGAUGAAGGUCAGUUUCAAAAAGCUCUAUCAUGAUGACAUGAAGUGUUGA